GGGGGACUUUAAAAUGUGACACACUGGACCCCGUUUCAUUACGGAAUGUUUUUGUUGAUGCACUUGGACGAGUGAAAACAUUCAGCGGUACUGGUAUGGUUUCACGGGUAGUUAGCGACUAAUGCAGAGAAAUAUUAGCCCUGAAAACUGUUUGUAAAGCCCGUCAGUCUCCUGUGCCAUCGUUCUAGUUUAAAAUGGCUGACUGGAGUCCGAUAGCGAAGGUGUACGACCCGCUGAAAGCUGGUAGCAUCGACGGCACGGACGUGGAGCCCCAUGAUCGAGCGGUCUGGAGGGCCAUGGGUGCCCGGUACAAGCCCAACAAAGGCGUCGUUGGAGACCCACUGCUCACGCUUUUUGUGUCCCGCUUGAACCCACAGACAACCGAAGAUAAACUACACAAAGUGUUCUCUAAGUACGGAGACAUCCAGCGGCUCCGGCUGGUCCGGGACAUCGUCACGGGUUUCUCCAAAGGAUAUGCCUUCAUUGAGUACAAAGAGGAGCGGUCUGUGGUCCGGGCCCGCCGGGACGCCAACAAGCUGGUGGUCGACCAGCAUGAAGUGUUCGUGGAUUUUGAGCAAGAGAGGACUCUUAAAGGAUGGGUGCCGCGGCGGCUCGGUGGCGGGCUUGGAGGGAAAAAGGAAUCCGGACAGCUGCGGUUCGGCGGCAGGGACAGGCCUUUCCGUAAACCCAUCAAUCUCGGGGUAGACCCGGUGCAGGAACGAGGAGGCGGUGGUGGUGUUGGUGGAGGGAGGGAAUGGGAAAGACCAGGCGGGAGAGCCAGGGAGGAUCGGGACCGACACAGAACAGCAGAGUGGGGCAACAGAGGAAGGAGAGAUGACCGGGACAGAGGCCGAGAGUGGGAUGACCGCAGGCACGGAGACAGGAGCAGGCACCGGGACCGGAGAUGAAGCAUGUAGCUGCACUUCCGCGGUACUGCAAGACUGACGGAUGGUUCAAAGCACAGCUGACCGCUUUCAAAGGAGGACAGUGAAUGAGUGUGUGACUGGGAUAACUGUUUGUGUGAAAGGUUACUGUUUUUUUGUAUGCUGAUAUUCUUCAGAUUGUACUGUAUGGUAAUCAGGACUCUGCCUGUGGCUGUCAUAUUCAGUUCUUCUCAGGGAAGUAUUACUUUGUCAUUCCUGCAGGGUUGCAGGAAUGACAAAGUAGGGUUGUUGUUCUUUUGUUUGUUUUUUUAACAACUCUUUAUUCCAGCAAAAAAAUUACAAUACAGAUGGUGUCCAGCCAAAUGAGGCUUACAUCCCGGAUGUCAAACAUGAGCGCCAGGAACAAAACUGCAUUUCUUUUUCUGAUAUUAAGAUAUUCCAGGGAUUAAAUGUGUAGUUAAACUUCUUUUCACUGACAGAAAGGGAAGUUUCGCUGGUCCGGCCCACUCAAGGUCAAAGGCUUUAUGUGACUCACAAUGUAAAAUGAGUUUGACCUGCAUUGCAGGUUUAAAAACAAAGCAUAAGUUUAAGAGCACAUUGUCAGCCCCAUUUUUAAAAAAAAAUUGUAAAUCAGAUUAUAUC